AUGUGUUCACCAACUCGGUUCCGGUUCUUACUUCCGGUCAUAUUUGGAGUGGUGACAUCCGUUUCCGGUUUCAUCGACACCUACGGUCACGGCCGUAUAAAAAGCAGCCUUGCCUCCGGACUGACGGAAGACGAUGCCCUCUUCCUGACCCCGUACAUCGAGAAAGGUCAAAUCGAGAAGGGACAAGAGCUCGCCAAAGUCCCGCCGCUCCUCAAGAACGUCGAGAGUUUCGCCGGGUACCUAACAGUGAACAAGACCUACAACUCAAACCUCUUCUUCUGGCUGUUCAAAACCCAGCAAGGCGACUGGAAGAAGGUGCCAACGGUCGUUUGGCUCCAGGGCGGCCCGGGUGUCAGCUCUCUCUUCGGGCUCUUCACAGAAUUAGGACCGUUCUCCGUCACAAAGAAACAGAAGUUGAAAAGACGUAAGUGGUCCUGGAACCGGAAGUACAACCUGGUGUUCUUCGACCAACCGGUCGGUUCCGGCUACAGCUUCACGGAGGACGACCAAGGCUACGCUCGAAAUGAAAUCGAUGUAGCGAGGGACCUCUACGAGGCUCUGGUCCAACUCCACAAACUUUUCCCGAGUCUCCAGAAGAACAAACUCAUAGUCAGCGGAGAAUCUUACGCCGGGAAGUACAUCCCGGCAAUCGGGUACAAGAUCUACCAGGAAAACCAAGUCUCCAGCUUCAAGAUGAACCUGGGUGGACUCAUGAUCGGCAAUGGUUUUACCAGCCCCGGCGACAUGAUGCACUACAGCUCGUUCCUUUACCAGAUCGGGCUCAUCGACGGGAGGACGCAGCGCCUUCUAAAAGUCUUGGAGGACAACAUUCGCGCCCACAUCAGGGCAGGGCGAUGGAGCGACGCCAUGGGGAUUUUCAACUUCGAGUUCGGGAUGAUCCUGUCAGAGGUCGGUUUCGAAAACCCGUACGACUUCACUAACGAUAAGAUCGGGAUCGACGGACCUGAAGUUCAAUUCAUCCAGAACGAGAAGACGAGGAAGGCGAUUCAUGUCGGGAACCACGCUUUUAAUGACUAUUUCAAGCCGUACAUGUUCUUGUCGUCGGACUUCAUGCAGUCUGUGAAACCGUGGGUGGAGGAGUUGCUGACGGCGCAGGAGUUCCCGAUCCUCUUCUACAGCGGGCAGCUGGAUAUUAUCGUGGCGUACCCGCUGAGUGUGGCCUUCUACGAUUCGCUCCAAUGGCCGGGAGCCCUCGAGUACCACAAGGCUGAGAGGUGCAAUUUCCACGUCGGGAGCCAGGUUGCUGGCUACUUCAAGACGGCCGGUACGUUCACCGAGGUCAUGGUCAGGAAUACGGGUCACAUGGUGCCCACCACGCAGCCCGAAUGGGCCUUUGCAUUGCUGGAUCGAUUUAUUACCAACAGUUCUUCGUUCACGUGCUGA